ACAAAAAUUUUAAGAAUCCAUACAUAGACUAUCUGCUCUGCACAUAAUAGUGUAUCAAAUAUAAAAUGAGAAAUAUGCUUUUUUAACGAGGAGAAAUAUUAGUUAAGUGAUUACUAUAUGCAAUAUCAUAAACGAGUAAAUUAGAGGUUAUAUAUAAGUUUAAAUUUACAAUAUGAGGUGGCAUAAUUAUACAAAUAAGCAUGAUAAAGUGUUACAAUGAAGCAAUCAUAACAAAAGUAGUGCCAUCUCCAUGUUUUGUGGUCACACACUCACAAUUAUAAAUAAGUAUACCCCUACAGUAUACACCAUUACACCCCCUUCAAAAAAAAAAAAAAAAAAAAAGUCUAAUUAUAAAAGAACCAAGGGCAUUUUAGUAAAAAUGAACCUUAUCUUCCUCAAAUGGAGUAAAUUCCACUCUUCAACCUUCUUUCCUUCACAUGCACACCCUUUUAAGUGAAACAUAUACUACAAACACACAAAUUCACUCCUAAAAACCUCAAAUUAUUCUUUCUUUUCUCUCUCUUUCUCCAUGCUUCUUCUUCACUAGCUUUAUAAUCUUUCCAUCCCAAAAACCCACCAAAAAAAACUUUAAAUUUUUAUCUUCCAAUUCCAAAUCCAAAAAAAAAAGUUCCUUAAAAAACAGGGGACUCUUUUUCAGAUUCAGGGUACCCCUGUUUUUAUGUCAAUUAGAUUGUUAUUUAUAUGCAAGAAUUUAAUUUUAUUGGGAAUAAUUUAUAAUUCAUAUUAAUGGAAGAAGUAAAAACAGGAGUAAAUAAUAAUGGUGAUAUUAGUAGGGAAGAAAUACAAGCCGCCAUUGCUAAAGCUGUAGAACUCAGAGCAUUACAUGCUGCUUUAAUGCAGGGGAAUAGUCCUUCUCAUCUCAGAUUUCGUUCUUCUACUUCUCCUCAUCAUCUUUAUCAUCCUUCUCAUUCUCGUCCUUCUUCUCAGUUUUCUGGUCAUGAUUACCCUGUUUUUACUCCUAGUUAUGAAGAUGAAAAUUUGCCAGGGUAUGGCCAUGUGCAAAUAGCAAGCCAAACGAUUAGCGAAAAUUGGGAUGAAAUUAGAGAUAAUAAUCAAAACGCGCUCCCUCCUGGAUUAGUAAACUUGGACAACAACAGCCAUAUUUGCCCUGCAGAUGAUUGUAAAUCUGUGGCUAGUUCGUGCACGAAUAACCUUACGUUCCUACAGAACUCACCAGGAACCGAAGUCCUUAAGUCAAGGCGAAGAAACAGUUUAGGAGACCUGAAAUCAGUAUCAUCCUGCAACAACUGUAAGCCUGCAACUAUUAGCAGCAUUGAUUAUAAUGAUAACAAGAGUAGCAAGUACUCUAACAUCGUGGUGCCACUAACAGAUUCUCAUGCUACUAUGACUGCCCCACAUAAGAAGUCGCGAGGUAUGAUCCUGUCUUGGCUGUUCAAGAGGAGGCAAAAGAACGAAAACAGUUCACCAGUACGGACUGAUGAUCAGUCUGAAGAAGUCUCCCAAGUUCUUAAGGAUUUCGGAAGUGGUGUAUCAAUUGAAACUUUGAAAAAGGAGCUGAUUGAUGCAAACCAAAAGAAGGAAGCGGCCUUAAUGGAAGUGUCAGAGAUGAGAUCUUCGUUUGGGGACUUGAGAAAGAAGCUCGAGAACUUAGAAUCUUACUGCGAGGAGCUGAAGAAGGCUCUUAGACAGGCAGUAUCGAAAAGAGAGAAAACGAGUGAUGGGAAGAGUAAUGAGGAUAGCGAGAUGCCUGUGAGCGAGGAGGUUAUGGUGGAAGGAUUUUUACAGAUUGUUUCAGAAGCAAGAUUAUCAGUAAAACAGUUCUGCAAGACUCUGAUUGAGCAAAUAGAUGAGACUGACGAACAACUUACUGAGAACUUGAACUCGAUCCUAAAACCAUAUAAACUAUCAGUAAAUUCAAGGUACUCAAAAGCGGUUUUCUAUCAUCUAGAGGCAAUAAUAAAUCAAGCAUUCUAUCAGGAUUUUGAGAACUGUGUGUUUCAGAAAAAUGGCAUGCCGAAACUGCUAGAUCCUCAGCAACAACGGCAAGCACAGUUUCAAUCGUUUGCUUCGUUGAGAAACCUGAGUUGGAAUGAGGUCUUAAAGAAAGGAACCAAGUAUUACAGUGAAGAAUUUAGUAAGUUCUGUGACCAGAAAAUGAGCUGCAUAAUUAUGACCCUGAAUUGGACUAGGCCUUGGUCUGAAACAUUACUUCAGUCAUUUUUCGUAGCAGCAAAAUGUAUAUGGUUACUUCAUUUGCUCGCGUUCUCCUUCUCUCCGCCUUUAACAAUCUUAAGGGUGGAAGAAAAUAGAUUGUUCGAUCCUCACUAUAUGGAAGAUAUCGUAACUGAUAAACAGAAGGGACACGGUCCAAGUCGGGUUAAGAUUAUGGUGAUGCCAGGGUUUUAUGUCCAAGAUAAGAUUCUAAGAUGUAAGGUUCUUUGCAGGUAUAAAUCUGUAGUAUAAUGUAAGCAUUUUGUUUUUGGUUAAUUUGGUUGUUCUAAAUAUUUUGAUUGAGUAAUUUGAUAGAGGAGACUAGAGGGUUUGAUUGUAAUGCAAGUAACAAGUACAAGUAGCAUAUUUAAUUUAGUUGAAUAUUCUUCUGUAAUUUUUUCAGAUUAUUUGACUUAUGAUAUUAAAAAGCUUUAGUGGUUGACGGUUGUAAAGUAAA